AUGUCUUCCUCGCAUCUUCCACCAGAAGUCAUACUUCUCCCAAAAGCCUUUUCUACACCGGCUGAUCUCGAUGACAUAGCCAACCAUUACAAGAACCUCCGACUCCAAGGUCUUUUGUCAGAUCCAAACUCCUUUUCUUCCACAUUUGAACGAGAAUCACAGUUCACUUUGGAUAUAUGGCGAUCUAGAAUCCAGAACCCUGUUGCCAAGACGUUCGUCUCCGUCGUUGGCGGUGAUGAUAAGAUAUCAAGCAAAACUAUACGUCCAGAUACUACUGAGGGUGACCACUCAGCAGACAAGGGCUUUCAAAAUGCGCCUCAGACUGAAUGGGUGGGCACAGUCACUCUCCUCGGACCGGAAAUGUGUUCUAGACAAGAUGGCGAUGCAAUAUCUCAAACUUGGGAUCUUUUCACUAAAGCAAAAGACGUAUCCCAUCAGGUCCAGCAGCCACGUGAUUAUUCAGGUGCUCAUGUUGUUUAUCUCAUUGCGGGGAUGUUUGUCUUGCCUCAUGCUCGACGAAAGGGUCACGGUCAGCAGUUGGUAGAAGCCGCCGUUGGUCAUGUACGGGAUGAAGCCAAGAGCCUGGGAGCGUGGAAUGCUAGCAUCAUCCUUCAGACCAGUCAAGCAGCCACUAGUGCACGACUGUUCUAUGAGCAAGUGGGAUUUGAGGCGAGGGAAGAGUCAGUGAUGGAUUCGUCACCAUACACGGCGAUGGUACUAGACGUUGAUCUCCGGAUGGAUGAAUAG